UUCGUGAUCGGUAGUGUCGUUAGCUAAAAUGUUUUAUAAUUAUUAAAAUACGCCUUGUUACUUAAUGAAAACCAAUUAUUCGAGGUCUUAGAACAGUAUAUAUCUUCCCGUCAUACACAGUUUAUUUAUGACGCAAGUUUCUUUAGUGAUAUUACUAAAUUAGGUUAGGUGCGGUGGUGUCAAGUUCUAAAGGUUAGAAAAACUACGAAAAUGACUUUUCCUGAAGGUCCCGGGUAUGCUAAUUACGAAGCCGUGCAGCCUAGGGCCGAACCGGCCAACGGAGUUCGACAGGCCUAUAAAGAUGGUGGCGUAAAAGCAGGCGCGAGCCGCGCUUUCCGCCUCGCCUAUGGAGUCCUAUCCCGCCGAAAAGCCGCAGAAGAGGGCGCAGCGCGCCUAGCCCGUGUUCUCUCUGCCUUGGAUCUGACUGCACUGGGUGUUGGCAGUACCCUGGGUGUCGGCGUCUACGUGUUAGCUGGAGAUGUGGCCAAGAACUACGCGGGUCCGGCGGUUAUACUGUCCUUUCUACUCGCUGCAGUGGCUAGCGUGUUUGCUGGUCUCUGCUACGCCGAAUUCGGCGCUCGCGUGCCUAAAGCCGGCUCGGCCUACGUGUACAGCUAUGUGUGUGUGGGCGAAUUCAUCGCCUUUAUCAUCGGGUGGAAUCUUAUACUGGAGUAUAUUAUAGGCGCGGCUUCGGUAGUAAAAGCCCUGAGCGAAUACUUGGACUCACUGCUAGAUAAAGCUAUCUCGACCAACCUGCAGGCGAUGAUGCCUAUGGACUCGCCACACUUAGCGCGGUAUCCGGACCUGUUCGCGUUCUCCGUCAUCAUGCUAUUCUCAGUGGGUCUGGCAUUCGGCGUAAAGGAGUCUACCAAGUUCAAUAACUUCUGUACGGGUGUCAAUCUCUGCGUUGUGCUGUUCGUCAUUAUCUCUGGCUCUUUCAAAGCCGACAGCAAGAACUGGCGUAUCCCUGAAUCCGAGGUGCCUAAAGGAGGCAAAAACUUUGGAACUGGAGGUUUCGCGCCGUACGGCGUCGCGGGCAUCAUCAAGGGUGCCGCCGUGUGCUUCUACGGGUUUAUCGGAUUUGACUGCGUAGCAACAGCGGGCGAGGAAGCGAGACGGCCACAAAAAACUAUUCCUUUCGCCGUUGUGGCAUCACUUCUAGUCGUGUUCCUCGCUUACUGCGGAGUGUCUUCCGUGCUGACACUUAUGAUGCCCUAUUACAUGCAGGAUGAAAAAGCGCCUUUCCCGUUCGUGUACGACCAGCUGGGCUGGCCGUGGGCCAAGUACGCCGUCAGCGUCGGCGCCAUCUGCGCGCUCUGCUCCAGUUUAUUAGGAGCUGUGUUUCCUCUGCCCCGUAUCAUUUACGCCAUGUCAUCUGACGGUCUGCUGUACCGCUUCAUGGGGCGCGUCAGCGAGAGAUUCCAGACCCCACUAGUGGGCACUAUGAUCGCUGGAUUAUUCACAGGCACAUUGGCCAUGAUCUUCGAGUUGGAACAGCUGAUCCACAUGAUGUCCAUCGGGACUCUACUGGCCUACUCCAUGGUUGCCUCCUGUGUGCUGUUGCUCAGGUAUGAGCGCAGCGUGUCCGCCCAUAAGGCUGUGGAACCACUGAACCUCACCAUCCGCUCCGCUCUUCGUCAGUUGGUGAACGCGGACAGUCACGCCACACCCACAAGACUCAGCGCGCUGACUGUCAGCGUCUUAGUUACACUCUAUGGUAUCUGGUGCUUCAUAAUGAUGUCGUGUGUGAACCACUACGGCACGCGGGUGUGGUCGGAGCCCGCCGCGCUGGCCGUGUUCUCCGUCGGCACCGUGCUCGUGCUCGCCACGCUCGUAGCUAUAUCGCGGCAGCCCGUGUCUGAAAAGAAACUCGCUUUCUCUGUCCCGCUGGUCCCCUGGUUGCCCGGCCUCAGCAUCCUCAUCAACGUUUACCUCAUGUUGAACCUGGACUACAUGACGUGGCUGCGUUUUGCCGUGUGGAUCGCUGCCGGUCUUAUAAUCUACGUGACGUACGGCGCGUGGCACAGCUCGGAGCGCCGCCGGAGCCCCGACGUGCAGCUGUCGGUGCUACACAACGACAGCCACACCGCCUUAUUGGCCCACAACGCGCUCGGCUGACCGGAGACCAUCGCUACUAUCGCUAGUCCUACCGGUACCGUGGUAUCAUUCAUAUCCAGUAUCUAAUCUACAUAACCUACAGCUCAGAGCGCCGCCGGAGCCCCGAUGUGCAGCUGUCGGUGCUACACAACGACAGCCACACGGCCUUAAUGGCCCACAACGCGCUCGGCUGACCGGAGACCAUCGCUACUAUCGCUAGUCCUACCGGUACCGUGGUAUCAUUCAUAUCCAGUAUCUAAUCUACAUAACCUACAGCUCAGAGCGCCGCCGGAGCCCCGAUGUGCAGCUGUCGGUGCUACACAACGACAGCCACACGGCCUUAUUGGCCCACAACGCGCUCGGCUGACCGGAGACGAUCGCUACUGUCGCUAGUCCUACCGGUACCGUGGUAUCAUUCAUGUCCAGUAUCUAAUCUACAUAACCUACAGCUCAGAGCGCCGCCGGAGCCCCGAUGUGCAGCUGUCGGUGCUACACAACGACAGCCACACGGCCUUAUUGGCCCACAACGCGCUCGGCUGACCGGAGACGAUCGCUACUGUCGCUAGUCCUACCGGUACCGUGGUAUCAUUCAUGUCCAGUAUCUAAUCUACAUAACCUACAGCUCAGAGCGCCGCCGGAGCCCCGAUGUGCGGCUGUCGGUGCUACACAACGACAGCCACACGGCCUUAUUGGCCCACAACGCGCUCGGCUGACCGGAGACGAUCGCUACUGUCGCUAGUCCUACCGGUACCGUGGUAUCAUUCAUAUCCAGUAUUUAAUAUCUGCAAACUGUCUGUUAUCGUAUCCUAUAUUUCUAGUAGUUAUAAAAAAGCGAUCGGUAAUUUCUAUUGCCUCGCUAGUGACACCUUUCAAAAAUGUCUUGAGUCUUGAGAAGAGGAAGUUAGUAUAGCUGAAGUAAGACACCUAACGAACUUAAACUUACUUAUAAAGUACUCUAAUGAAACUAGGUACUCUAAGAUAUGUAGUUGUAAUUGUAUAUUAAUUCAGUUGUUCAAAUAAUCUCAGUUCAAUCUCACGUGUUAAAUAUGUUCCUAAAAUUAACAGCCAAAGUAUUUUAGUAUUUAUUUACUGAGUAAAGCAAGUAGGCUGGUUAGUUAGAUACGCAUACGCUAUGGAAUUUUAGUUUUGACAUAAAAUGUAUUGUUCAAUGUACUUAUUUAUAUCUGUAUGUUAGUUAUAGUUUUUUUUAUGUUACGUCAUGUAUGUACUUAUUAAAAAGAUCCGUUGCCUAAAAAUUGUGUGAACAACAUUUAUGUCCUACAAAUUCUUUAGUGAAUCUCUUGCCGUUUAAAUGCCUGGCGUUUAUGGAAAUCAUAUUUAUUAGGUAUUUAAAAAUAGUUAUUUACGAUACAAGUGCGGAAAAGAGGAAAUUCGAAACGGGCGUUAAGUUGAAACACGAUCGAAUGGAGUGUUUUAAAUCGACACGAGUUGCAAAUUACCUAUUCUCACGUGUAUCGUACAACGUUUUACACAUACGUGUAUCGUACAUAUGGCUCUUUAAACUUUCGACAUACGCACGAAUGGUUUCGAAUUUCCUCUUGUCCGCACUUGUAUCGUAAGUAUUUGGAUUAGCAUUUUUGCGAACGGAUCUUUAUAAUAUUUCUUGGGGAGCGAAUUGUAUGUUGUGCAUUUAAAAUAGGUAUUAAGUAUUUUAAUUUUGCUUUUAGAUGCGUUGUUGCGUUGUUGCUAUGAGCUAAACUAAGUAAGAGGUAUGUAAACUAAGCUUCAUAUAUCAUUGUUAAUGCUUAAAGUAUGAAAUAGGAAUCAAGUUUAGCAAAUAUUCACGCGACUGCCGGAGGAGGGUUAUAUAUUUUUCGAACGUAUCUAUGUAAAGUCUAAAUAUUUGCCAUGAGCUAUAUACAUCAUAUGGUUACUGAUUAGUUUUAUAGUAUAUGGUGUUAUUACAUUCGUCUCUGUUGUGUGAAAUAGGCUAAAAAAAAACAUAUUUUGGCGUUAAAAUGAAUGUAUUAAAAAAAUGCAGCCGGGUUUUGAAAUUUUAAAUUCGACUUGUUUUUGCAGUGGUUUGUGGAACACAAUAAAUGUAGUUAUUAAAGCAAACGUGAGUGAUUCCAGUAUUACGUAGAAUGUGGCUGUGAAACAGCGAUAUCUAUUAUAUAAUUAUUUUAUUUAUAAUGCUUAUGAUGUAUAACAUGCCUCAAGUUGAUUUGAUCUUGAAGGGCUGUUUCUGAAAUAAUAGUUUGUAAGUUUUAUUUAUGAUUAUUACGGGGAU